CAUUCCGUCUCGCUUUAGUUUUUAAUAUAACCUUCAACGCUAAGCACGUUCCGUUCAUGUUUCAUUAUCUUCUUUCUCCUCUAUUUUUAUGUUUCACUUUUAAUUUGUUCUGGACGAAUCUUGUUGAGAGAAUUGCCCUUCUUCUUUGUCCUAUUUCUGCAUUAGCAUAGCCAUGAAGUCCACCCAUUUCUGUACUGGUUUUGUCUCUAAUGGGUUAUAUAAGAGGACCCGCACUUGCAACGAUAUAAAUAAGUCGACAAGUACAUGUUCUUCCUUUCGGAGGGGUUUAGGCUGUGACUUUGUCGCGAAAAGCGAUGGGAGGCCUUUACUGAACAUUGAGGGCGUGGUGGGAGGUUGCCGAUUCUCUGCCAAGAAUACAUCCUUGUGCUCCCCUUUGAUAACACAUCGCAGGAGACCGCGUUUUCCAGUGGUUGGCAAUCAGUCGAAUUCUGAUUUUGGUCUAGUUUCUGCUGAUGUUAACGACUCCUUGGCUUCAGAACGGGAGCAUCCUCUGACAAAUUCUGAUGAAGGGACUGUUCAGUUACCAGCAUCUCCUGUCAACCAACCACAUUACACCAGUGUCAAAAGUGAGCUUCUGAUGCUGUCUUUGCCUGCUCUCGCUGGUCAGGCAAUUGAUCCUCUGGCACAGUUGAUGGAGACAGCAUAUAUUGGUCGACUGGGCACUGUGGAGUUGGCUUCUGCUGGUGUUUCCAUAUCCAUAUUCAAUGUCGUAUCAAAGUUAUUUAAUAUUCCGCUUCUUAGUGUUGCGACUUCCUUUGUGGCUGAGGACAUAGCUAAAAAUGCUGAUCAAGAUUCUGUUUCAGGGCAUGUUGUUGUUGAAAGUAGUGAGAAUGGCAAACCAUUAGCAGUAAUUCCCCAAAGAAAGCAACUAUCCUCCGUGUCCACUGCUUUGUUAUUAGCUUUGUGGAUUGGCAUUUUUGAGGCUUUAGCUUUGUUUAUGGGAUCUGGAGCAUUUCUGCAUUUAAUGGGCAUAUCAAAAGAAAAUCCUACACUCAUUCCAGCGCAGCAGUUUCUCUCAUUAAGAGCACUUGGUGCUCCAGCAGUUGUACUUUCUUUGGCUCUUCAAGGCAUAUUCCGUGGUUUUAAGGAUACAAGGACUCCUGUUAUAUGCCUGGGCAUUGGGAAUCUUUCAGCUGUCAUUUUAUUUCCCUUACUUAUUCAUUACUUUAAGUUGGGUGUGACUGGCGCAGCCAUUUCUACUGUCCUCUCUCAAUAUAUUGUGACUCUAUUGAUGAUCUGGUGUCUGAAUAAGCGAGCUGUAUUAUUACCUCCAAAGAUGGGAGCACUACAGUUUGGUGGUUAUAUUAAGUCUGGUGGCUUCCUUAUUGGAAGAACACUUUCUGUUCUUAUAACCAUAACAUUGGGAACAUCAAUGGCUGCUCGUCAAGGUCCAGUAGCUAUGGCUGCACAUCAGAUAUGUAUGCAAGUGUGGUUGGCUGUUUCCCUUCUCACUGAUGCUCUGGCUACAUCUGCUCAGGCUCUUAUUGCAAGUUCUGUAUCCAGACGUGACUACAAGGUUGUGAAGGAAAUUGCUCAUUUUGUGUUACGAAUUGGACUGCUCACAGGUAUCUGUUUGAGUGCAAUUUUGGGUGCAUCUUUUGGACCCUUAGCUACCUUUUUUACUAAGGACCCUGAAGUCUUGGAUGUUGUUGGUAUGGGAGUGCUGUUUGUCAGUGCUUCUCAACCUUUUAAUGCUCUGGCAUAUAUCUUUGAUGGCCUUCAUUUUGGGGUCUCUGAUUUCCCAUAUGCAGCUUAUUCCAUGAUGUUAGUGGGAGCAGUGUCCUCAGCAGUUUUGUUAUUUGCACCUUCAGUCAUUGGCCUUCAUGGGGUAUGGCUGGGCUUGACUCUCCUAAUGGCCCUUCGUACAGUGGCUGGUUUUGUCAGAUUACUGUCAAAAUCUGGUCCUUGGUGGUUUCUACACGAUUUACGAAUUGCCUAGGGUCAUGGUACGGAACACAUGAUUGGCAUCAACUGAGUCACUGGGGUUCAUCAUAUGGUCCCAUACUUUGUCAUUUUUGCUUCCACUGAUUAACCUGAAGUUCUUCACAAUCAUCUUGUUCAUUCUAAUCUGUCCAAGCUUUAAAAGAUGGUCCUACUCUUUCCGCUUCCUUCUUUAUAUUGUUAAUCUUGUGAACUUGGUAGACAUACUUGUAACUCGUAUCCAUAAUAGAGCUAGGUUUCCUUUUUCUAAUAAUAUUGGUUCAUGGUGUUCUGCCUCGGGAUUUUAUUGUGUUGUCACCGCUUAUCAACGAUUGUGCUCAUUGCACCUGGUUAUUUCUCAUGAAAGCUUGUUUGAAGUUGUUCGCUGUAGUUAGACAGCUUUAUGGUGAGGUUCAUUUGCACGUCAGUAUUUCCAUUCACACCUUACACAGUGGCAAUGAGUUGAAUGGUGUUGCGGAAUGUAAAUUUGGCCCCUGAUAGAGAUUGCCUGUUCUGUGUUAUCUCAUCAGCUGCAUGCCUUCUGUUUCAACAUUAGAGCAUUUGAACCUGUGAAGCAGUUGCCUUUUCCUCGUUCCGUAUUCUGAAGGAGAAAGCUGAUGGAGCGCUGGAAUUGACACUUGAAGAUGGUUGUAUUCAUCAGAUGCUUCAUUUUUUUUUUGGCCAAAAAAAAAAAUCGGAUGCUUGAUUUUUAUGUUAAAUCAAUCAAGUUGGCCGUUUGACUUCCCGCUCUCAUAUUGCAUAAAUAAAUUGGGACCCUUACAAACACUUUCAGUUUUCGAUUUUUAAUUCUUGGACAAACAUCAGAAGGCCUUUAAGCUAACAUUUACAGGCUCAUGUAUUGAAAUUAGUCAGUUGCGGUAGAAAUGAGAAGUCAGAUCAGAGCUAAAUAUUUGCUUGGUUUAGCCA